CUGUGCUGAUUUCUUCCGCCUGGUUCCAUUCAUGGUGUUCAUCAUCGUCCCCUUCAUGGAAUUCUUACUGCCAGUGUUUCUGAAACUUUUCCCAGAGAUGUUGCCAUCAACUUUUGAAAGUGAAUCCAAAAAGGAAGAAAAACAGAGAAAGAAAAUGGCUGCCAAGUUGGAACUAGCGAAAUUCCUUCAAGAAACGAUUACAGAAAUGGCAAAGAGGAACAGGGCCCAGCUGGGGGACGCCUCAACCCAGUUCUCCUCCUACGUCAAACAGGUCCAGACAGGCCACAAGCCCAGCACCAAGGAGAUAGUUCAAUUUUCCAAACUCUUUGAGGAUCAAUUGACCCUGGAGCACCUCGACCGACCUCAGCUGGUGGCCCUUUGCAAACUGCUGGAACUGCAGUCCUUUGGAACCAACAAUCUGCUUCGCUUCCAGCUACUGAUGAGGCUGAAGUCUAUAAAAGCAGAUGAUGAGGUAAUUGCCAAGGAAGGGGUGAAUGCUCUGAGUGUGUCGGAGCUCCAAGCUGCCUGCAGGGCCAGAGGGAUGCUGUCACUGGGUCUCACUGAGGGGCAGCUGAGACAGCAGCUCACAGAGUGGCAGGACCUCCACCUGAAGGAGAAUGUCCCACCUUCUCUUUUGCUCCUGUCCCGGACCUUCUACCUAAUAGACGUGAAGCCGAAGCCGAUUGAGAUACCACUCAGUGGGGAGGCUCCAAAGACAGAUAUUCCCCUGGGAUCACCCACUCCCCCUGAAUCUAAAGAGAACACGGCCGGUUUAGCACCUCAACUGAAGGAAGCUAAGGUCACCGAACAACAGUCGGGGAGAGAUGGAUAUGGUCAGCUUGAAACACCCCACUUACUGACCCCCGACCUCUGGGAAGAACAAGAGACACUUAAACCUCUAGUUGGUGCAGGCUGCAAACGUUAUCGGAGAAGACAAUGGCAACCCACUCCAGUGCUCUUGCCUGGAAAAUCUCCCAUGGGCCAAGGAGCCUGGUAGGCUGCAGUCCAUGGGGUCGAGAAGAGUCGGACACGACUGAGCGA